AUGAAAGACUGCAAGCCAAAAGCUACUCCCAAGGAAAAGGGUCUGCACAUUGAUGUUGGUGACAAGGAAAGAUGUACAAAUCACCCCUACCGCGAAUUGAUUGGUUGUUUAAUAUACGCAAUUGUGGUGACCACAAGACCGGACUUAUGUGCUGCAACUGGAUACAUGAGUCUAUUACAAAGUUGUUUUGAUGAACGCCACUACAACAAUGCAAAACAUAUUCUGCGCUACAUUCGUGGAACAAUCGACUUGAGAAUGAUUUACCGAAAAGAAGGUACUACCGAGACCCUGGUGUGUUUCUGUGAUGCUGACUGGGGAGGAGAUAAAAAUGACCGGAAAUCUACUUCAGGGUACGUGUUCAAGUUAUUUGGAAAUACCGUGAGCUGGGCCUCAAAGAAGCAUUCAAACAGUAAGUUUGUUAUCCACAGAAGCUGA